CGGAAGGUGAGCUCAGCCGAGAGCCCGUCCCACAGCCCCGCGGACUCCUCGGGCUCCGCCGCCUCCUCCAGCCCCAGCACCUGGCACAGCGUGCGGAAGUCCUCGCCGGGGAUGCGGCCCGCCCCGGCGCAGUCCAGGUGGUGGAAGAUCUCCUGCAGAUAAGUCAAGAACCUGCGUAGCUUUGUUGAGGAAUGGAGAACUGUUUGUAGCUCAGGAAGAGGCUAACAUUUUAGCACAGGAGGAAGAUGAGCAUGCUAGGAAAGCUUCUCCACCAGCUUGGCUUAAUGAAGAUUUCCAGGGUCUUAACCCUCCAGCAGGUGUGUCUGCAGGAAAGACUUUUCAGGCUCCUUUCCUGGUUGCUGCACACAAGCCCCGCUCCCAUGGCAGGGGUGAGUACUGUGUGCCUGCUGACCCCGCAGGCUGAGCCCUGGUUCUGUGGGAUCCCUCCCGGGGAAAAUGCAAAUGCUUCUCUUAAAGUCCUCCAAGAGGGAGGAACAAACCUAUAGGAGACAGGAAGUCCCUGGAGGCAUCCAAACAGAUGGACAGGAUCUGGAGUGACCUGGAGAGACAACGUGGUGGGUGCAUUUCCCUCAUGCUUCCCCUGGGACUCAGCAGCCAGGGGCUUUGGCUUCACAUCUGGACACACCGUGCCCGGCACAGUGGGAAGGGAUCCAUGGCAGCCUCGCUGCCCCACUGCUGCUGCUGCUGCUUUGACGCCCUGCAGGGCUGUUUCCCAGCCUGGCCUGGCUGCAGCUUCUGCCCAGCCUCUGCAGGAAGGCAUUUGGCAUCAGCUGACUGGCUGCCCAAACUGCACCCUGGGCCAUGCCCACCCUGAGAUCCCCUGCAAUUUCCCAGUCUCUGAGCACAUCUGGAGGGGCCGCUCUUUGGAAGAGGCAGGGCCCUGGUCUUUCUCCUUAAUCUUAUCCAUUACUUAGACAAGCAUUGCCUCCUGAAGAUGCCACAUUCCCAUUGGGAAACAAACCCACCUGAUUCAGCUGUCCUUUUUCCUUUCUGCAGACAUGGAAGGAGAGCCUGUGCUGACGGCUGCGUUUCCCGGAGAAAGCAGUGGCUCCAUGGCAGCCUCUGCCGCAGGAAGGGAGGCGAUGCCAGGCACAGGCCCCGGAGACUGGGAACGUGACAUCCAUCACUGGGAAACGCUGUUAAAGCACAGUUUAAGGAUGUUGGAGCUUGGUGAUGGUGAACCUGAUGAUGAAGAUGAUCCUGAUGACGAAGAUAAUACUUUUGAUGAAGAUGAUCUGAAUUCCCAACGUGUACUCAUUACUGAGGCUCUGGGCAAUGCUGAGGGUGUGUCUGCAGGGAGGACUUUGGUGGAUGUUGCACACAAGGCCCGCUCCCAUGGCAGGGGUCCUCCAAGAAGGAAGAAGAAACCUACAGGAGCUCGUAAGUCCCUGGACAUUUCCAAACAUCUGGAACAAAAACGGAGUGAUGUGGACAGCCAGCUUGAUGCAGCCAAGACCUCAACAGAUUGGAAAAGCAUGAGAAGAGCUUUCUGCUGGGGAACACCUUGUUUGAUUAAGUUGAUGGCCAUUGUGGCUGGUGCAGCACUGUGCCUGCUUUUGUGCUCUGCCAGAAUCUGGUAUUGCUGGAAGAGAAAACGGUGUUUCUGUGCAUGUUCAGAAGACGCAACUAAAAACAGAGGCAAUGAGAACCUGAAACAUUACCCCACCUCUUCACUUCUGCCCCUAUCUGCCCUGCCAUGGCUGCAUCCCCGCCAUGAGGCCAUCCCAAAACCCACCCCUCCUCAACGAGACCCUCUCCCAGUGAGCCCCCUGGUCCUGUUCCCCGGCCAGGAAUGAAGGUUGGCAGCCCUUGUCUGCCAGGGCAGAGCUUGUCCCACAUUUUAUGUUUAAAUAAAGAAUUAGAGUUUUUGCAGCUAUGUCCAUGUGGUAACAGCAGCAAAGCCCACCUGGCAGCAGCAGUGGCUGAGCUCCAUGCCCAGGAGCAGCUGUGGAUGGCCACGGUGUGGGCAGGCAGGAGCCAGGCAGGGGCUGCUGUGCCCAGCAGCGGGGCCCCGAGGGGAUGGGGGAGCCCAUGCUGAGCGUCCCUGGGCUGAGGGCACAUUUCCUUCUGGGGGAUCAUCUGGGCCUGGACCCGAAGAGGCACACUGGGAUAUUUUGGUGUCCCUGCUGAGGGGU